AUGGGAAACACGCAGUCACUCUACCAUCUCCAAGAUAGGAACCGAGAUGGUACGCGGCCUCUUACACCAUCCGAGUCCACCUCACAGACAAGUCGUGAGGCAGAGGCUGUUGUGACGACACACCAGCCGGGACACUUGUACUCUCACACACUCAGUCUCGAAGCAUGCCCUGACAUGGAGGCAAAAGCUUCUGAUCAGCGAAAUUUGGCCUACUCUACCCAUCCCAACGCGAGAGCCAUCGUAGCUGGCUCACAAUUUGCUCGCUACGGCGCCAGUGAUACAAGCUUGAACGAGCCGGCUAGUACGUCGUCAGAUGCCAGCAGCUCCGUGUCGCUCUCUGAGAUUGAUGCACCAUCGCGUGAUUCCCCUAUCGAGCGCAGCGAGAUUUUGCAACGGCGAGCGACCGGCGUGCAUCUUGAGGUCAACACGGACCACGAACCUUUGCCUUCUACACCCUCGACGCUGGACGUCAAGACACCCCGUGUCUCUGCCUCAUACUCCAUGUGCAAGACACCCCCAGGGAAUAGUGGUGACGACCGCAGCAUGAGAAUUGCACAGCGAUCUUCUGUCUUGUUUAGCGAUGAUGUUCCGUGGAAUGUAAACGAGACACCGCGCACCGGUUCUAGGGAGCCUGACAGUGAUGACGACACACAUCCUCAUGUCAAUGCUAGGCUCAGAUCACUCCCAUCAUACCUCAAAAUCCCUACGGCUAUUCCACGCUCCUUCACAAGCUCGCGCAUCGCUUUUGAUGACGCUGGUGCAGCUGCCGAUUCGAGUCGUGCGUCGAAAUUUUGGCCUCACGAUACCAAGACACCCAACAGAGAACCAGAAUCUGGCGCCAUAUCCGCGCCGCUUAUCGGUUCCACGCCGCACGACUCAAAGUCGUUGUCUGCCGAGUUCCAAGGCCUUGGUCUAAGCGCAGCGGCUGUACCUGAUGGCAAGCAAGACGCCGUUUCUUCUGCCACGCACCCAACUCCCAAUGUCCCUCUCACGCCCGUUAAUUUGAUUUGGCGUGGCCGCGGAAAACGCGUCUAUGUAACCGGCACAUUUGCUGACGAAUGGCAAAGCAAAAUUCCUCUCCGCCAACUGCGCCCGCAAACACCAUUUUUGGGCACAGUCUACCUCCCGCCAGGCACGCAUCGGCUCAAGUUUAUUGUGGACGACCGCUGGCGCGUGUCUCCAGACAUGGAUACGGCCACAGAUGGCGAUGGUACCCUCGUGAACUAUGUCGAGAUACCUAACCUCCAAGAUCAUUCCCGCACGUCCAUGACACGUAUGAAUGCCAAGCGUGAUGACACAUGGAAGCGAGCGAUGCACGAGCUCAAAACCGCUCAUUUGUCGCCUCGUGGCGAGUGGGAAGAGCUGAGUGACGAAUUGCCUGGUCUUUCUGAAACGAUAUGGACGAGUCAUGUGCCGUCCUCCGUGGAAUUGGCCCAAGAAGCCGAAGAACACAUGCUGGAGCAGGCUGACCAUGUCUCGGAGAACGAAUCGUCGCUGCUUCCACGGCCACCACAACUACCCCGACAACUCGAAAAAGUUAUCCUUAACGCUGGUAUAUCCAGUAAACAUGAACCUAUUCAUGCCAAGGCAGCUCUUGUGGACGAUAAUAGUGUGCUGCCUGCGCCAAAUCACGCUGUGCUAAAUCACCUGGCUACAGGCGCUAUCAAAAAUGGUGUACUGGCUAUGGGUACAGUGUCCCGCUACAAACACAAAUACGUAACUACGGUACUGUACCGUCCCGUGCAUAUGUAA